AAAAAAGCUGCGAGCGAGCUAGACGGGAGGGAGUGCAGGCGAGAGGCAAGCGAGGGAGCGGCGGGCGGGCGCGGAGCAUGCAGAGCGGCGCCCCGGGCGGCCCCCGGGCUUGGGCGAGGGCGCUGGGGAGGCGCACAGGCGGCCCGGACGCGGCACGGCGCGGGCCUCGCGGCCGGCGCGGGGACAUCCGACAGUGACUCAGGGCUUGCCGGGAGCCAGCCCCGGGCCAGGGGGGCCGCCCCGCCCGCCUCUCAGCCCCGGCCGGCCCGGCGGGGAGGCGCCCAUGCAGGACUGCGCUGCGUGGUGAGGGCGCGCGCGGGCGGGCGGGGGCGCAGCCGACAACAUGUCCAUGCUGCCCACCUUCGGCUUCACGCAGGAGCAAGUGGCGUGCGUGUGCGAGGUGUUGCAGCAGGGCGGCAACAUCGAGCGGCUGGGCCGCUUCCUGUGGUCGCUGCCUGCCUGUGAGCACCUCCACAAGAAUGAAAGCGUGCUCAAGGCCAAGGCCGUGGUGGCCUUCCACCGGGGCAACUUCCGCGAGCUCUACAAGAUCCUGGAGAGCCACCAGUUCUCGCCACACAACCACGCCAAGCUGCAGCAGUUGUGGCUCAAGGCACACUACAUUGAGGCCGAGAAGCUCCGCGGCCGGCCCCUGGGCGCCGUGGGCAAGUACCGCGUGCGCCGCAAGUUCCCACUGCCGCGUUCCAUCUGGGACGGCGAGGAGACCAGCUACUGCUUCAAGGAAAAGAGCCGCAGCGUGUUGCGCGAGUGGUACGCGCACAACCCCUACCCGUCCCCGCGCGAGAAACGCGAGCUGGCCGAGGCCACCGGCCUCACCACCACGCAGGUCAGCAACUGGUUCAAGAACCGUCGGCAGCGCGACCGGGCGGCCGAGGCCAAGGAAAGAGAGAACAGCGAGAACUCCAACAGCCACAACCCGCUGGCGGCGUCACUGAACGGCAGCGGCAAGUCGGUGCUAGGCAGCUCCGAGGACGAGAAGACGCCGUCGGGGACGCCGGAUCACUCUUCGUCCAGUCCGGCGCUGCUGCUCAGCCCGCCGCCGCCCCCCGGGCUGCCGUCCCUGCACAGCCUGGGCCAUCCUCCGGGCCCCAGCGCGGUGCCGGUACCCGUGCCGGGCGGAGGCGGCGCGGACUCACUGCAGCACCACCACGGCCUGCAGGACUCCAUCCUUAACCCCAUGGCGGCCAGUCUCGUGGACCUGGGCUCCUAGAGCGUCGCUCACCUCUGCGCGAGUUUGGCGUGGCGGUCCCGCCAGGUACCCAGAGACCCGCACGCUGAGGCUGAGCGAGCAGAAAUGCCGGCAGG